AUUUGAGAACGGCGACGAGACUUGGACUGGUUGUUUUGGCUGCUCAUUGUUUCGAGUGGAAGGCGGUUGUUCCAGGACGGUCUGGGAGAAUGGAGGAUGGCUUCGCAGAGAGGUUGUGAAAGAUCGUUGUUGCAGGGCUGUCUUUGACAAUGUGGAACUCCUCCUCGAAGGGUUGUGGAGGUUGCUUGCAGAGCUUGCUUUCAGGGAAAGUGAGCAGGAAUAAAUAGCUCGAUGCUCGCCGCCCACCGUCGGUACAAUUUCGAAGCGCGGCACUCACUAUUCACUUUCAAAAUUCGAGAGCCAGAUAUCCAAACCGCGCGAGCUGCUCUCCUUCAACACAACAACUCUUGCGACAACUCGAGAACCUGGAUUGUAUCAAGAACCGCAGGAUAAUCGAGAGUUAUCCGAAGAUGCGCCUUCAAGGAGGCAGAGAUCUCCCAGAGAUAGGUCACAACUGUACGAGCAGCGAUUCCCCCAAAGACAAGACAGAGACGACGAUGCCUCCUGCGAAUAAGGCACUAACCGAGUUCACACUGUUCCCUAAGCUGCCGGUGGAGUUGCAGAUCAAGAUUUGGAAAUAUGCGAUUCCUCCACCUCGCCUGGUCCGAGUCAAUGUUCGAAGGAGAUUCCCAUUUAGCCUGGGUUUGGUUUGCUUCAGCACAAACACACCUGUUCCUGGUUUACUCGGAGCCUGCAAGACCUCGAGAGAGACGAUUCUGAAGGUGUACACGACAUGCAUCAAAUCCAGAAACAGGAUGAUUCGGAUGGAUGGUGAUAAAGAUGUCCUUGUGCUCUUCAGUUCCUCCGAUAGCUUUUCACGAGAGCCGUUUCGCUUCCAGCCACUUCCGUGGAUUCUUGAUCGAGCAAUGCUUUCAAGCCAUGUCGCCAUGUCGCCAUGUUCUCGGGUGUGAAAUCCAUGGCAACGCCCAAUUACGUCUUCACUGACCGCUCGCCCAGCGACCAGUGGUGGCUGCUUUCGCAAUUCCAAGCUCUUGAGCGCUUUUUCCCUCUGGAAGGGUGCAAAUAUCAAAAUUUGAGCAGAAAGAAAGAUGGGACCUUUCUUGCAAUACCGGGAGAACACUGGGCCAGACUUGGUCUGGAGAUUUCAGCAGAAUGGCAGGCUAGUAACUUGGGUUCCAAUUAUCUGAGCAAAAUACGCCAGCCAACUCUCGACAUCUUAGAACACGUUGGUAGCAAGAUCGAUGUCGUUCCGGCCUAUGUCGAGAUCAAUCGAAUCUAAAGAAGCAAUGAAGGUCGGCCGGAAAGGAUGCCGUCUGUGUUUGGCCAAUCGACAGCCAUGCACUGGGACAAUGUAGGAUGGACGGCAAAGGACGGAUGAUCAUGAGCGUCGGUCUUGGAUUGGCAUUCGGAUGGGGA